AUGGCAGAGAAGAUCCCGUGGUCGACUCCCAUACCGUGCGACAUUGGGCCCGGCUGGACGCGGAUGACCAAGCCUCGCGCCAACGGGCCGCCGGGCUCUCGGGUCGCCGACCAUACGUGGAUCGGGCCGGACGGCAAGAAGUACCGCUCAGAGAAGCAGGCGCGAGCCGCCGCGGCCAAUCCGGCCGCCGCCAGCGCGGUGCCCGCAGCCGGCGGCAAGCCCAAGAAGGCCGCCGCAAAGAAGCCGCCCACGACCCUCAAACCGGAAGGGAACGCGAUUCUGCUCUGCGACGGCUUCGGCUGCACCAGUGCCUUCCACCAGCGCUGCCUUCCGACUCCGCUCGAGGAGGUCCCCGACGGCGAUUGGCUCUGCCCAAAGUGCGCGCCAGAGGCGCCGACCGCCGACCUCGUGAUGCCGUCGCCG